AUGCAUCAUCUGAAGAGAGAGGGAACAGUUGAAGAACUGCCAAGACAACAUCUCACUGACAAUGAGAUGACUACACAAGUUCCUGUCAGGAAAGAGAGAGGGGCCAGGGAGCUGCCGAGACAACACCACAUUGACCAUGAGAGAACAACACAACUUCCUGUCAGCAGAGAGGGAGAAGCUGUGGAGCUGUCGAGACAACACCACAUUAACAAAGAGAAGACUACACAGCUUCCUAACCCUGUAGACUCAUCAGACGAUAGCAGAGAUAUCUCCAGGGGGUUCUUCUACCUGGUCCCUUGUCUUCAUCUUGUAGAUAAAUAUCGGCAGACCUUUGUAUUCCGUGACUCGACCGUGUUUCUAGCCGCCAGCCUGUUGACCUUCUGCAACCCUACUGACUACGCUCCUGUGCCGCCUGCCCUGCCCUCUAGCCUGCCUGAUUACGUCCUGCCUAUUCCUUUGAUCUACAUACAGGAGAACAACAGGACGGAGGUCACAGAGUUCCUUCUCUUAGGUUUCCAAAUCAGACAAGAUAAAAGGAUUUCCCUGUACUGUCUUCUCCUGGUGAUUUAUUGUCUGGUAAUAUGUGGGAAUCUCCUGAUCAUCACCUUGGUGUCCACCAGCAAGAACCUCCACACCCCAAUGUAUUUCUUCAUUUCACAUCUGUCCAUCAGUGACAUCUUGGUGAGCACAGAUAUUGUCCCCAACCUUCUCCAUAUCCUACUGAAUAAUGGGGGGACCAUGACUUUUAUUGGUUGUAUGACUCAGCUUUAUUUCUUCAGCACUUCAGAAUCAUUUGAAUGUCUUCUCCUCGCUGUGAUGUCUUAUGACAGAUAUGUGGCCAUCUGUAAUCCUCUCCAUUACUCCUCUAUCAUGACAAGUGGACAUUGUGUUAUACUGACCGUCAUCUGUUGGUUCAUUGGGUUUUCUUUUACGUUGAUUUGCAUUAUAACAACAGCAAAGCUAAACUUCUGUGGUCCAAAGGUCAUUGACCAUUUAUUCUGUGACCUUGUUCCCUUACUAGAACUUUCCUGUUCUGAUCCCUUCAUUGUUCAUUUGGAGUUUUAUAUAAUAAGCAUUCCAGAUGUCCUCAUCCCAACCACCAUCAUUUUUGUGUCUUAUACUUAUAUUGUUUUAGCAAUCCUAAGGAUCUCAUCCAAUACUGGUAGACAGAAAGCCUUCUCCACCUGUAGCUCCCACCUCAUUGUGCUCUCCAUAUUCUAUGGGACUAUAUUUAGUGUCUAUGUGGUCCCAAUGAAUGGACAAAAAUUGACCAUGAGUAAACUCCUCUCCCUGCUAUAUACUGUGUUCACUCCUUUGGCCAAUCCCAUUAUAUACAGUUUGAAGAAUAAAGACAUUAAGAAAGCCGUACAGGAAACACUCAGUAAGAGGAUGAUCUGGUAA